GUUCUGGCCGCUCAUCUCCUCCGCUGCCGAAACCGGUCCUUUUUCUUGCUUCUUGUGCAGCCCCGCGGGAAGCUUCCCUUGAUCACUCCUCCUCUUCCACCAAGGUGACUCAUUAUUUUCCCACUUAUUCCUUUUCUUUUCUUCUUCCUGGCUCGCCGUCACUCGUGUCUCCGUCUCAAACUUAAAAGUUCCCCAGUUUUCUAACCUUCCUCAUCUUCUCCCGGGCCUCACUUGUUGAACCUCUUCUUCCGCUACAACUCCCCAUCUUCUCCCUCUCCUCCCCUCUUGGCUCGCUCUCCCCAUCUUCUACAACUACUGAUCGCUGUUAUCACCAGCAGCAGCAGCGGCAACUAGUUGGCCAGCUGAUUGAAUCCUUUUUCCUUCUCAUUCAUCACACAUUUGCCGACCAUGGCUGCUGCCUUUCGCCAGCCCGAGGAGGCGGUCGAUGACACCGAGUUCAUCAAUGAUCACCAUGAGCACCACAGAGACUCGGUCCACCGCCGGCUACGUGCCAACUCCGCCAUCAUGCAAUUCCAAAAGAUCCUAGUCGCCAAUCGUGGUGAAAUUCCCAUCCGUAUCUUUCGUACCGCCCACGAACUUUCCCUGCAGACAGUCGCCAUCUACUCGUAUGAGGAUCGUCUGUCCAUGCACCGCCAGAAGGCCGACGAGGCCUACAUGAUCGGUCGUCGCGGUUACGGCUUCCUGUCUGAGAACGCCGAGUUUGCUCGCAAGGUCGAGAAGGCCGGUAUUGUCUUUGUGGGCCCCACCCCUGAGACCAUCGACGCCCUCGGCGACAAGGUCUCUGCCCGUCAAUUGGCUAUCAAGUGCGGCGUUCCCGUGGUCCCCGGUACUCCUGGUCCCGUGGAGCGCUACGAGGAGGUCAAGGCCUUCACCGACACCUAUGGCUUCCCCAUCAUCAUCAAGGCUGCCUUCGGCGGUGGUGGCCGUGGUAUGCGUGUCGUCCGCGACCAGGCCGAUCUGCGGGACGCCUUUGAGCGUGCUACCUCCGAGGCCCGCUCCGCCUUUGGUAACGGCACCGUCUUCGUCGAGCGUUUCCUCGACCGCCCCAAGCACAUCGAAGUCCAGCUUCUCGGUGACAACCACGGUAACGUCAUCCACCUGUUCGAGCGUGACUGCUCCGUCCAGCGCCGUCACCAGAAGGUCGUUGAGAUCGCCCCCGCCAAGGAUCUGCCUACCGAAGUGCGCGACCGCAUUUUGGCCGAUGCUGUGAAGCUGGCCAAGUCGGUCAACUACCGCAACGCCGGUACCGCCGAGUUCCUGGUUGACCAGCAGAACCGCUACUACUUCAUCGAGAUCAACCCUCGUAUUCAGGUCGAGCACACCAUCACCGAAGAAAUCACCGGCAUCGAUAUCGUCGCUGCUCAGAUCCAAAUCGCUGCCGGUGCCACUCUGGAGCAGCUGGGGCUGACCCAGGACCGCAUCUCCACCCGCGGUUUCGCCAUCCAGUGCCGUAUCACCACCGAAGACCCGGCCAACGGCUUCAGACCCGAUACCGGAAAGCUCGAAGUCUACCGUUCCGCUGGUGGAAACGGUGUUCGUCUGGACGGCGGUAACGGUUUCGCUGGUGCCAUCAUCACCCCUCACUACGACUCCAUGCUGGUCAAGUGUACCUGCCGUGGUUCCACAUACGAGAUUGCGCGCCGCAAGGUCGUGCGUGCCCUGGUUGAAUUCCGUAUUCGCGGCGUCAAGACCAACAUUCCUUUCCUCACCUCGCUGCUGAGCCACCCCACCUUCAUCGAUGGCACGUGCUGGACUACCUUCAUCGAUGACACUCCCGAGCUGUUCGCUCUGGUCGGCAGCCAGAACCGUGCUCAGAAGCUUCUUGCCUACUUGGGCGAUGUCGCCGUCAACGGCAGCAGCAUCAAGGGUCAGAUCGGCGAGCCCAAGCUCAAGGGCGAUAUCAUCAAGCCUACCCUGCUGGACGCCGCCGGUAAGCCGAUUGACGUGAGCGUUCCCUGCACCCAGGGUUGGAAGCAGAUCAUCGACCGUGAAGGUCCCGCUGCUUUUGCCAAGGCUGUCCGUGCCAACAAGGGCUGCUUGAUCAUGGACACCACCUGGCGUGAUGCCCACCAGUCGCUGUUGGCUACUCGUGUCCGCACGAUCGAUCUGCUGAACAUCGCCAAGGAGACCAGCUACGCGUACGCCAACGCUUACAGUUUGGAAUGCUGGGGUGGUGCCACCUUCGACGUCGCUAUGCGCUUCCUCUACGAGGACCCCUGGGACCGUCUGCGCAAGCUGCGCAAGGCCGUGCCCAACAUUCCCUUCCAGAUGCUGCUCCGCGGUGCCAACGGUGUCGCUUACUCAUCUCUUCCCGACAACGCCAUUUACCACUUCUGCAAGCAGGCCAAGAAGUGCGGUGUCGACAUCUUCCGUGUUUUCGAUGCUCUAAACGACGUUGACCAGCUCGAGGUUGGUAUCAAGGCUGUGCAGGCCGCCGAGGGUGUCGUCGAGGCUACCAUCUGCUACAGCGGAGACAUGUUGAACCCCAAGAAGAAGUACAACCUCGAGUACUACCUGGCGUUGGUGGACAAGAUUGUCAAGUUCAACCCCCACAUUCUCGGUAUCAAGGAUAUGGCUGGUGUGCUGAAGCCCCAGGCCGCACGCCUGCUGGUUGGCUCCAUCCGUGAGCGCUACCCCGACCUUCCCAUCCACGUCCACACCCACGACUCCGCCGGUACCGGUGUUGCCUCCAUGGUUGCCUGCGCUCAGGCCGGUGCUGAUGCCGUCGACGCUGCCACCGACAGCAUGUCCGGUAUGACAUCUCAGCCCAGCGGUACCGAGCACGACCCCAAGCUCAAUCGGGCCCAUCUGCGCUUGCUGUACUCGCCGUUUGAGGCUGGUCUGACCGGCCCCGACCCUGAGGUCUACGAGCACGAAAUUCCCGGUGGUCAGCUGACCAACCUCCUCUUCCAGGCCAGUCAGCUCGGCCUGGGUCAGCAGUGGGCCGAGACCAAGAAGGCUUAUGAGUCGGCCAACGACCUGCUCGGCGACAUUGUCAAGGUCACUCCCACCUCCAAGGUUGUCGGUGACCUGGCUCAGUUCAUGGUCUCCAACAAGCUGACUCCCGAGGACCUGGACUUCCCCGGCUCUGUUCUUGAAUUCCUCGAGGGACUUAUGGGCCAGCCCUUCGGUGGCUUCCCCGAGCCUCUGCGAUCCAAGGCUCUGCGUGACCGCCGCAAGCUCGACAAGCGCCCCGGUCUCUACCUGGAGCCUCUGGACCUGGCCAAGAUCAAGAACCAGAUUCGGGAGAAGUAUGGCUCAGCCACCGAGUACGACGUCUUUGAGGACUACAAGAAGUUCGUGCAGAAGUUUGGUGAUCUCUCCAUCCUGCCUACCCGCUACUUCUUGGCCAAGCCCGAGAUCGGCGAGGAAUUCCACGUCGAGCUGGAGCAGGGUAAGGUCCUGAUCCUCAAGUUGCUGGCUAUCGGCCCUCUGUCCGAGCAGACCGGUCAGCGUGAAGUCCGUCAGGUCACCGUUGACGACAACAAGGCCUCUGCCGACAUUGGCGACAGCAGCCAAAUCGGUGCUCCCAUGAGCGGUGUCGUCGGCUCGGAGGUCAAGAAGGGUGACCCCAUGGAAAUGGUUAUCUCUGCUCCUCACAGCGGAAAGGUCUCCGGCCUGCUCGUCAAGGAGGGUGAUUCCGUCGAUGGCCAGGACCUCAUCUGUAAGAUCGCCAAGGCCUAGAUCGAAAUUACGAAUGAAUGAGGUUCUGUUGUCCUGUAUACAGGCCGCGUCCACGGCUUAUUGUAUGGAGAUAUGAAAAUGGGAAUGUCUUUUCUGAUGUCUGCUUAGAGCGUUUGAUAUAUGGGUUGGGGUUUAUUGUCGGUUGUUUCUAUAUCUGUCAACGAAUCUAUUUCUGAGCACAAUUGAAGGUGCUGUUUCAAA